CGCUCUGGCGGUCAUUGGUGUCAGCCGAGUAGUUUGGGAGACUCAGGGAGGGACACCCGCCCGGUAAACACGGAGUGUCACGCAAAGAGAGACACUGAGAGACAGAGAAAAGCUAGCGAGAGAAAGCGGAGGAGAGGACCAAGUUGCGAGAGAGGAAAGAGCUCUGUAGCUACUACUACCCCCAGGUUUCUCGCUUCGCCCUCUCCCCUUGGCUCUGAGGACUGGGUGAAAAGGGGAGGAGAUGCUCUUGUGAGUUGCGCCUCCUUUCGUCGGGUCGGGUGAGUGAAUGGUGUGCGAUCUCCAAGUUUUCAGACUGGAAAGAGCCUGGGACGCAGAGCCCGAGCUCAGAGGACUGACUGACUGGUCGGGAGAAGGACAGGCAACAGGCACAGUUACCAGUCAGCAGCAACAGCCACUUUGGGAAGCAGCAGCAGCAGCAGCAGCAGCAGCAGCGUCCCACCGGUGUUUGAACAUGGAAGUCGAAUAAGAAAGAGGACCACGGCAAACUUCAUAAGCGGCGCUCCAAGUCUCCCAGGCGACUCCUCUUUUCUGUCAACAUGAAAGACGAUUUUGCAGAGGAGGAGGAGGUGCAGUCCUUCGGUUACAAGAGGUUUGGUAUUCAAGAAGGAACACAAUGUACCAAAUGUAAAAAUAAUUGGGCCCUGAAGUUUUCUAUCAUAUUAUUAUAUAUUCUGUGUGCCUUGUUAACAAUCACAGUAGCCAUUCUUGGAUACAAAGUUGUAGAGAAGAUGGACAACGUCACAGGUGGCAUGGAGACAUCACAUUUAAGAUACAACGAGAAACUCACAGAAGUGGAAAGUGGUCUGAAGAAAUUAGGAGACCAAACUGGGCAGAAAGCUGUGAGCACCAACACAGAACUUUCCUCCUUCAGGUCAGACAUACUGGACCUUAGACAACAGCUUCGUGAGAUUACAGAGAAAACCAGCAAGAAUAAGGAUGCAUUAGAGAAGUUACAGGAGAGCGGGAAUAUACUGGAUGACAGGCAGAGCCAAAUGAAAGAAACAUUGGAAAAUAACUCUUUCCUGAUCACCACUGUCAACAAAACCCUCCAGGCUUACAAUGGCUAUGUCAACAAUCUGCAGCAAGACACAAGCGUUCUCCAGGGAAACUUGCAGAGCCAAAUGCAUUCACACAAUGUGGUCAUCAUGAACCUAAACAACCUGAAUUUAACACAAGUGCAACAAAGGAACCUAAUUAGCAGUCUACAAAGGUCUGUGGAUGACACCAGCCAAGCUAUCCAACGAAUUAAGAAUGAUUUCCAAAAUCUGCAACAGGUUUUCCUUCAAGCAAGGAAGGACACCGAUUGGCUUAAGGAGAAAGUACAGAAUUUGCAAAUGCUGGCUGCCAACAACUCCGCCUUAGCCAAAGCUAACAACGAUACUCUAGAGGAUAUGAAUAGCCAACUUAACUCUUUCAAUGGUCAACUGGACAAUAUCACUACUAUCUCACAAGCCAAUGAACAGAACCUGAAAGACCUGCAAGACUACCACAAAGAGUCAGAGAACAGAACCACCACCAAGUUUAACCAGCUUGAGGAACGAUUUCAACUCUUUGAAACAGACAUAGUUAAUAUUAUUAGCAAUAUCAGCUACACGGCCCACCACUUGCGGACGCUGACCAGCAACCUGAAUGAUGUCAGGACGACUUGUACAGACACCUUAACCAAACAUACAGACGAUCUAACCGCCUUGAACAAUACACUGGCCAACAUCCGUUUGGAUUCACAACUCCGAAUGCAGCAGGAUGUCAUGAGAUCGAGGUUGGAUGUUGAAGUAGCCAACUUAUCCGUGAUCAUGGAAGAAAUGAAGCUGGUAGACUCCAAGCAUGGUCAGCUCAUCAAGAAUUUCACAAUACUACAAGGCCCUCCUGGUCCCCGAGGACCUAAAGGUGACAGGGGACCCCAAGGACCUCUUGGUCCUACUGGUAACAAAGGACAAAAAGGAGAAAAAGGGGAGCCAGGGCCACCAGGCCCAACAGGUGAAAGAGGCCCCGUUGGGCCAAUUGGCCCUCCAGGGGACAAAGGCAGUAAAGGCUCCAAAGGAUCCCAAGGACCAAAAGGACAAAGAGGAUCCCCUGGGAAGACUGGCCCUCCAGGGCCAAGUGGAGACCCAGGCCCUCCAGGCCCCGCUGGCAAGGACGGUGCUCCUGGCCCACAGGGUCCCCCUGGCUUCCAAGGAUUGCAGGGCACCGUAGGAGAGCCUGGAGUCCCUGGUCCCCGAGGACUUCCUGGACUACCUGGCGUGCCAGGCAUGCCAGGUCCAAAGGGCCCACCUGGUCCUCCAGGCCCCUCAGGAGCAAUGGCACCACUUGCUCUACAGAAUGAACCAACACCCGCACCAGAACCUAAUGGAUGCCCCCCUCACUGGAAGAACUACACAGACAAAUGCUACUAUUUCUCAACAGAAAAAGAAAUUUUUCAUGAUGCAAAACUCUUCUGUGAAGACAAGUCUUCACAUCUCAUCUUCAUAAACACAAGAGAAGAACAGCAAUGGGUAAAAAAGCAGAUGGUGGGCAGAGAUAGCCUCUGGAUUGGCCUUACAGACUCUGAACAGGAGAAUGAGUGGAAGUGGCUCGAUGGAACUACCCCGAAAUAUACAAAUUGGAAAACUGGACAGCCUGAUAACUGGGGUCAUGGCCAUGGACCAGGAGAAGACUGUGCUGGGCUAAUCUAUGCUGGGCAGUGGAAUGAUUUCCAGUGUGAAGACAUUAACAAUUUCAUUUGUGAAAAAGACAGGGAGCCAGCACCAACUUCUGCAUUAUAAUAAGCUGUGAAAUGACAAACAUGGACACCAAUUCUGGACAUCUCCCAAAAGCAACGGAUGUGCCUUUCUGACUAGAUCAUCUUCUCACCCCGUGGAAAAAGAAAGCACUGAAAACUGGUUCAACAAAAAUUCCUGCUGCAAAUUUUUCUUCCCUUCCACCAUUACUCAAGGACUUGGGACCUAGUUGAUGGUCAGUGCACAGCUGGAUGGAAUCCAGUAGCCUUUCUCAGCCAAUAACCACCCAAGUAUGUGAGCUCUCACUUCAGAAGCACAGGGAUACUCCAUUCUGAAUGAGUGCUUGUUACUCAGCUAUAGGAAAAGCUUCAACAUCUACUGUGUAAACAGUGUGUUACAUUUGCUAAAAUCCCAAAUGUAGGAAAAUUAUACAGAUAUACAUAUAUAUAGUCCAAACUCUUAGUAAUAAUAUGGAAUAUACUUUUAAGAGCUUUUAAAACUUUGUAUUUUUGUACAAAAUAUUUGCUUUUUUAUAUAUUUUUCUUUUUUAUGGUUAUUUUACCAACAUAGUACAUGAAGCCAAAGAAAACAAUAAUGGUACUAAUAAUAACUCAUAGAGUUUCUUGUCAGAUGCAGCUCUUCCCCGUGGUAAAGGAUGUUUUUCAGAUUUUUUAAAAAUUAUACACACAUAUAGAUUUAUAUAUGUGUAUAUAUACAUAUAUGUAUGUAUAUAAAUGUAUAUAUAUGCAUAUACAUAUAUGUAUAUGGGUGUAUCAUUUCCCCAGGGAAUUCACUAACUUGAAAUAGCUUUAUAGACUUUGGCAAUGAGAAGUUUAUGAUUUUGUACAGGUCAAGACAGCCAAUAUGGUUAAAGUUGGUCUGUGUUGGUCACAGGGCCGAUCGAUCGAUACCCAGUGAUCCUGCUCUGUCGCAUUUAAAAGAAGUGGCUGUCUAAAGGCCGUUUCUCAUUUCUUUGUAUUGGUGGCGUCGGUGGGAAGGUAUUCAUUGGAAAACGAAGGUCUCCAUCUCUGGCCCUCUGAAGGGCUCCACUCAUGUUUCUAAGGAAAUAGUGUCCCAGGAACCCCACAGCAGCAGGUGCUGCCUACCAAGUGAUCCAAGUGUAAGUUCAGUCAACAGCACUGUCUUUGGAAAGACAGAAAUAAACUAUGUGCCGCCUGGAGUGUUUUCAUUUUUUGAGUCAAGUUUCAGAAAAGUAGUUUCAAAGCACAUAGGUUUUGAAAAUUGAGAAUAAAUGAAAGACCACUAAAUCACAAUCCUGAACAUAAACUUUUCCCAACUCCUCUCCCCUAUGAAUCCUUCUCUAAUUUCUCCCCUCAUUCAGAAAACUAAAGUAAAAUAUGUCUUAAAAAAAGGCAUUGGGUACUGCCCAUGCUCAGGGGUGAGGUCUCCACCCACCAGAUAUCCUACCCUCCCAUCCCCAAGGAGCUGCCUAGGCAGUGCUGCUAUCUAUCUUAAAUAAAAUUUUUAAAGAAUAAAGAAAUAGUUCAACUUUAUCAAUUGUGUGAUUUGUCAUCAGUUCAACCACUUGCAGUGAUUUAUGCCACCUGCACAUCCCUUUAGCUUUGUGCUGGAGUUUACUAGAGCCAAAAUGACCAGUUCGUGAUAGCAUUGUUGGAGACCUGAAGGUUUAGACUUCCAGCUACCCUGCUCCAAAGCUCAACCCCAAAGGACUCAGGCGUCUUAUGACUCAAAGGCCUUUGUGGGCAAACUUCGACCCCCUUUCUUCCUGUUUUUCAUCUGUCAAUUAUGAUUUGUCUCGAGAAGUAACUUGAAAACAAUCCAAGGAAUUCCUAAUGUAUACAUCAGAAAAGAAGGCUAGUGCUGCUUGAACAGCUGAAAAUAUUCAUGCCACAGUCAUAUUUUUCUUCCAGCAAGAAUGUUUCAAUUUUCAGAAGGCAAUUGGGAGACUUUUAAUGAUUUAUUCAAUAAAAUCACUUGGUUUAAAACAUUAUGAGGCAAUCAAUGUAUAUAUGACUAUAUACUUGACUGUGUAUAGACCAGAUGUCUUUCCACACACUUAGAAUUUAGGCCAUUUUCAAGGGAAUACGUUAAACAAAAAUGUGACAUUAUCAAAUGGAAGAGCAUAUGUCUAGCAGCUCUUAGCAAACUUUAAAGCACUACUUAAAUGCUAACAAUUAUUAUUAUUAUAUGUAAUGAGAUCUUCAGAUAACUGACUUGCUACCUGUUGUGAGGCAAUGGAAAAUGGUUUCCCCAGCAGUGGCCUAGGAAGAAUGAAAGCUCAGUUCACUAAAAAGGAAAAAAAAACACGAUUUCUCCUUCCUUGAUCAAUGCUCAUCAUCCUUCCACAUCCUUACAAUUUCGAAUUAGUUUGAGCUGAAGUGGCAGCAAGCAGGAAUAGCAGCUACUACCACAGGAAGAAGGUUUCUAAGGAAGUAGAAAAUUGUAUAAAUCAAGUAACUAUACUGAGCAUGUAGAUUUUUGCCCAGACAGCAGAAUUUAUUUCCCCUUGAAAAAAAAAAAAGAGCAUCUUUUUAACUCAUUCUUGACUUCAGUAAGGACAUGCUCCAUUUUCAUUAGGAGAGGUAGGAUGGUAUUGUAUAAAGUGCACUUGUUCCGUAAUGUAAGAGUAACUGGAUGUGAAAACUGACUAUCACUAGCUGGGAAACACUAAAUAAAUGUCUUCACUGCUCA